AUGGGUUUCAUGAACCUGCCUGCUGUUCCCUCAGACCUCAAAUCCAUCUCUCCCUAUCUCCAAAGAGCUGAUGAGCUCUCCUCUAAAGACCCCGUCGUCUCCUACUGGUGCGCAUACUAUGCUGCCCAGUCUGGUAUAUCACUUAGACCAAAGGAGCCACCUUCCCGCGCGUUUCUCCUCAGCCUCUUGAGUGCUCUUGAAAAGCUCAAGGUUGACAUGGGGCCAAACGAGGCCAUCGAAGAUGAAGCUGUUGCAAGCGCAUAUGUCGAGAAUUUCGCACUCAAGGUUUUUGCUAUGGCGGAUAAUGAGGAUCGUCGAAAUGAGGCAACUCGGUGCGUUCUUCUCAUCACAAAACCCUCGUUGCCGUGCCAAUACGCGGUGUCCCUGCCAAACGCCCUCUCCCUACACAUUUUCGUCUUAUUGGCUCUAACGGCGUCCGAAACUAACAGUGGAACAGCCAAGAAAUUCCUCGCCGCAGCCAACUUCCUUGAACUUCUCCGCAUUUUUGACAAGGAAAAGCCGGAUACGCUGUCUACUGCUGAUUCGAAUGCGGAGAAGAUCCGCUACUCAAAAUGGAAGGCUGCGGAUAUUGCCAAGGCUUUCCGUGAGGGACGAAAGCCCAAUCCAGGACCCGCAGAACCUGAGCCCCCACUGGCCUCUAACUUGGCUGCGCAGCCCCCAUCAGGACCAAGCACUCCUGCGUUGAUACGAGCGACACAACCCCCGCCGACAAUAAUUGACAUGCCUCCACCACAGCAAGACUCGUUCUUCCAACACGUCCAUCCAGAUUCGUCUGUGCAUUCCCGCUCGCGCUCACAUGUGCACGACGCACAGACACCUGGUGCGUGGAGUACCAUCGCAACGCCCGGCACCCCAGGUAUGGUCGAACCUGAGCAGAGUACGAUUCACUCUCGGAGUGUGUGUGCCACGGUGAGUGAGGAAUUAGAAGGCAGGGAAAACAAUGCAGAUAGUCCCCCACUUCCCCCUUCUGCUUCUUCGUCCUCCCCAAGUCGCAGAGAGGUGCGAUUCACUCCCUCUGUCGUCGGUGGUCUCACCACGCCUCCGCCGGAGUCUUCGCAUGCGAUCGACCAAUCUCUCCUUGUGACUCCACCCACGCAACCUACCACACUUCCACGCGCCCCACCAGCUGCUGUUGCGCCCGAGUUGAGAUUACCACCGGGGUUUCUCCCAGAGACAACCGUGUCAGACCCCCCGCUAGACUUCGUUCCUGACGAUGCUCUGCAUUUACCGUCCGCAUCCGCACCGCCUCUACCACCAUGCUCCCUGACGCAUACAUCCUCGCACGGCCCUUUAGAUUCAUUUCAUUCACCUGGUGCGACGAGUCCACACGUCUUCCUCCCUCCUCCACCUAUAGGUGUCUUUCCUGCAUCUUCAUCCGCUCCUGUCCCGCCUGUACCUCCGCCAUUUGUGCCGGUUCCCGCGCCGGCGGCUGCCACGGUGACAACUUUGCCUGUGGAACUGACGCCAGUGGAGAUUGCGCGGGCGCAAAAGCACUGCCGGUUCGCGAUCUCUUCGCUAGAUUAUGAAGAUGUAGAGCAGGCAAGGAAGGAACUUAGGGCUGCGCUGAAGAUGUUAGGAGGCAUUCUCCAAGCCAUCGUCACGCCCAUGCCGCCAAAACGCUUCUCAUUCUCUCUCAACCCACAGUGGUCCCACUAUGUAGCAUUGUUCUCGCUCGCAAUUGCCUUAUUUUCUGGUUUUGUACGCUAUUUUAUCAUUGACCACACGGACCCCCUGCACUGCGACGCACUUUUGAAUGAAGGCCAAUGGCUAGAUAGCAAGUUUAAGAAUUGGCAGCCAGAUGGUUGCAUGAUGCAUACAUACCAGGCCAAAGACGUCACCGCCUGCAUGGGUAGCCGCCGAGUAGUCUUCAUCGGAGACUCCGUAACCCGCCAGCUCUACUUUCAAUUUGCCCAUAUCGUGGACCCAAGUCUCCCCACAGCGCCACCGGACGAUGAACGCAAGCACCAAAACUAUUCGUUCACCGCAACCUCCAACAUUCAGCUUUCCUUCUACUGGGACCCAUAUCUCAACUCCUCCGAAGCUCAAAGCUACAUCAUUCCACAGUCGUUAGCCUCCAGCACCCCUCUACGCGACGACCCAACUGGGUCCGCCGACCGCCCCGCAUUGCUUGUUCUCGGCUCUGGACUGUGGUACCUCCGCUAUGCGAACGAAGGCUCGGGUGGGCUUCCCGCUUGGGAGGACAAGAUAGCCUCCGCAUUCGACGCCCUCGCGAGCGCGCGCACGCCCGUCGCAGACAAGGUUGUCGUCCUUCCCAUCGAGGACGUUGUUUCCACCAAGUUGUCGCGCGAGCGCGCCCAGUCCAUGCAGGCGCCCGACAUUGAUGCGAUGAACUCGGAUCUGCACCACCACAUCCGCCCGGCGCCGCUCACGAGCGCAUAUGCGCUCUUCCCAGCGUCCGCGCCCACCCGUGAGGGCAAGGGCAGGGCGGCAGCAGCAACUGUGCCUGCGCCGCUGCCGGUAUCAUUACCGCUUGUAUUUAACAAGAUGUUGGACGCAUCGCAAACGGAGGACGGGCUGCAUUUCUCGGAUGCACUUGUUACUGUGCAGGCGAACAUAUUGCUGAAUUUGAGAUGCAAUGACGUACUUCCGAAGACGUUCCCGCUGGACAAGACGUGCUGUCGUAGGUAUCCUGUACCGUCCCCCCUCCAUUCAUUGGUAUUGGUCGUCGCCGUGCUCUGGGGGCCCGCGUGCGUGCUGCUCUCCCGUCGUCUAGAAUCUCGGAUCCCUGGCCAGCCAUUUAUAGGGGAGCCGGAGAUGCCCGCGGUGGUGCUCAGUGUUGUUGCAGCAUUAAUCUAUAUUUCGGACCGCACUGGUUUCUGGUUAAAGGAACAGAAGCAAUUUAGCCCCUGGAUAUUCACGUUCUUGAGCGUGUUGAGCCUGAUCGUUGGCCUACUUACAGUGAGACAAGCGGAUAAUGACCUCGGGUUUCUGAAUCGCGAGCAGACAGAUGAAUGGAAAGGUUGGAUGCAGAUCGCCAUUCUGAUAUACCACUACACGGGCGCGUCGAAGAUAUCCGGAAUAUACAACGUCAUCCGUGUGCUCGUGGCUGCAUAUUUGUAUAUGACUGGAUACGGACAUGUCACCUACUAUGUCAAGAAGGCAGAUUUUGGGUUCACACGCGUUGCGCAGAUCAUCGUGCGCUUGAAUCUACUCACGUUGCUUCUCGCAUAUACCAUGAAUACCGACUACCUCUCCUACUACUUUGCACCUUUGGUCUCUUGGUGGUUCUUGAUCAUCUACGGCACCAUGGUAAUCGGCUCGCAGUACAACGAUCGCACUGUCUUCCUGGUGUGCAAGAUCCUCUUUUCUAUGGGCCUCGUAACGUGGUUCAUGAGCGAGUCAUGGUUGCUGGAGAACAUUUUCACAUUCCUCGAGCGGGCGUGCGGGAUACACUCGUCCGCGCGCGAGUGGGCGUUUCGCGUCAACCUGGAUCUCUGGAUCGUCUACUUCGGGAUGUUCACCGCGAUAGCGGUCAUGAAGAUCCGGGAACACCGGCUGACUGACCACCCGCAGUGGCCGCUCGUGGUGAAAGGCGCUGCCGGGGCAUCGGGCAUCGUGUUACUCUGGUUCUUCGCAUUUGAGCUGUAUCAGCCGGACAAAUUUGCGUACAACCUGUGGCAUCCGUACAUCGCGUUCCUUCCUGUUGGUGCAUUUGUCAUACUCCGAAAUGCGAACGGUAUCCUCCGAUCCGCAUCGAGUCGCGCGUUCGCCUUCAUCGGACAGUGCUCCCUCGAGACGUUCAUCAUCCAAUACCACUUCUGGCUGGCCGGCGAUACGAAGGGCGUCUUGCUCGUUAUCCCCGGCACGCGCUGGCGCCCGCUUAACUUGGUUAUCACGACUAUCAUGUUUAUCUACGUGUCUCAUCGUGUCGCACAGGCGACGGGCGAGGUCACGAAUUGGAUUUGUGGAUCCUCGAAGCCGCCAACAUUGCCUACGAUCAUGGGCGCCGAGCAGCGCCGGGGCCAUGCAAACUCUACCAAUGUAGAGUCUAUUCCUCUCACACUGCAGGACAGCGAGGGGCGGAAAGACAUCGAUGGCAGUACUCCUUCAUUGGAAUCUGACUCUGCGCGAUCACCGCGUCGGUGGGUUGACAGGCUCGCGGAGGGAUCGUCUAACUCUAGCUCGAGCAUUACUCCAGGGUUCAGGGUUUGGUAUGGGGAAACAGAGUGGAAGCCAGGAGUGAAGACAAAACUAACCAUUGCAGUCACAAUCAUGUGGUUGCUCAACAUUAUGUGGCCAUACCCUUCAUGA